AUGAGCACCACGCGUUUAACCAUCUCAUGUUCACCGCAAAAGGCAACGCAGGAGACAGCAUGUACACAACCAAAACGCCAUAAGAGACGCCGUCGAGCCCGCACGCGAUGCGGACAAAGAAAUCAUCCCACUGGCUAUGGACACUUGCGGGUGCACGGGGAAACCAUUCCUCAAGCUGCUGAAGGAAGUCAUCGAGCAACAGGCGCACUGUAUAUCCUGAGCCGUCGAAGUCACAAGGCGCGUACACAGCAAGGACCCCCGCCCCUGCAGUUCCGUAACAAGGCACAUCUCCACAGCAUCGCCCUCGUCUACGUCUCCCUCAUCAACACCAUCAUGAGAUGGGUACGGGGAGAUACCGUCACAUCCGUGCGCCGACAGAAAGCAACAUAUAUGCCACACGAGUGAUAGACUUUCACCUCUACCCCAAUGCUGUGAGCGAUGAUUUCUUAAGGACAGGGUGACGUAAUUAGACUAUUUAAUAAACCGGCCUUUUGAAAA